AUGGCCACCGGCACCAUAGAGCACCUGAUGACGGUGAACUUCUACUCUCCUCUCUGGAUGAUUCAAGCCCUACUACCCCAUAUGCGCGCCUCCGCAAACAAGAAACCCAAAGUUAUCAUCAACAUCUCCAGCACACAGGGCCUAUGUACCUCCCCGGGUGAAAUAGCCUAUGACGCGAGCAAGCACGCCCUCGAGGCGAUGACCAGCAUUCUCGGGACAGAAACAAGCCCCUUCGGUAUCCGCACCAUGGUAGUGAAUUUAGGAUCUUUCCACACCGCCUUUGCCACAUCUGGGGAAAGAGCCGGUCUUGUUGCCCCAACGGCUGAUUCAGGGGCUGAUGAUGAUCCGUAUCUGCAGCCAGAGCACCCGGUGCAGCAGCGGCUAGCCAUGGCGAUGAAGUAUGCGAAGACAUCGACUGGCGCUAGGGGGGAUACGAAGAAAGGUGCUGCGCUGUUGUUUGAUGCUGCUAUGAAAACGCCGGGGAGCGAAGCAUAUGAGGCGCUGGAGAAGCAGCGGUCGUUGCAGCGCCUUCCAGUGCAGUUUGGAAUUUCGGAUCAGGGUAGUGCAAAAUGCGAGAGAGACAGGAUUACUCAGGAGAGCCUCGACUUUUAUAUGAUGUACCGAGGACAGUUUUUGGCACGCAGUCUGUGUUUUGUCAAGUACUCGUAUAUUCUUGCCCGUUUAGUAGAGUGGUGA